GGCGCGGUGUGUGUAUUGCAUUUUUGCAUGGAAAUUCGGGUCAAACCUCCCAUUGUUCCGUGUGUUUAAUCAUCUUAUCACUACGUUUUGAUAUACCUCAGUGUUCAUAAGCCGGCUCGCCUGUUGGACUCUCCCUCUUCGCGCGGAUCGUUGUGAGAUACUUUUAUUUUCAAGAUCGCAACGACUCAGUACACCUUUGAAAAUGACGGAACCGGCUGAUGUCUCCCCUCUUACGAAAGCAAAUAAUCACUUGGCCGUUGAGCUAAUGAAAUUGCUCGGUGAAGAAGGAAAAAAUGUGUUCUUCUCCCCUUUUAGUUUGUCCACUGCAAUGGCCAUGCUGUACUUGGGCACUCAAGGGCAGACCUCGAAAGAACUGCGCCAUGCCCUCGGAUACCACGUCGCAAAUCUUGAAGAUAGUGACUUGACUUCAUCGUGUAGAAAGUAUUUAGACGAUUUGGAAAAGACUCCCGACAGUUAUGUAUUGUCUUGUGCUAAUUCGAUAGUUAGUGACAAAAGCUUUGCUGUCAAAGAAGCCUUUAAAUCUACAGUCGUGGAGACUUUCAAAGCUUUAUUGGUUGAGGUAGAUUUCCUAAACGAAAAAGAGAAAGCGAUAGAGCAAAUCAACGAUUGGGUCAGUACGAAGACACAAAAGAUGAUUCCGCAAUUGCUGGAUAAGUUACCUCCUCUCACAGUGAUGGUGCUGUUGAAUGCUGUCUAUUUCAAAGGGAAUUGGUUGACUCAGUUUAACGCGAAGCAUACUAACAAAGAGAAAUUUCACAGCCGUGGCAAUGAAGCAAAAAAGGUGGACAUGAUGCACUUGAAGGAAGAAUUUGCUUAUAUGGAGGAAGAUUCCUUCAAAGCCUUGGAGUUGCCUUACAAAGGUAAAGAAGUGGCCAUGAUGAUCCUGCUUCCCCAUAAGGUGGAUGGUUUGAAGAAAUUAGAAAGCAAGUUGAGCUCCUCUUUCGUCCAAAAUACCAAGAAGAACAUGUACACACGGAAAGUAGCCGUUUCUUUGCCGAAGUUCCGCAUGGAAUAUUCCAAGUCAAUGGUUGACGACUUUAAGAAGAUGGGGGUGAACAAAAUUUUCUUCCCCGGUGGUGAGUUUGACGGCAUCAAUCCCUCGAAGGAUCUGUAUGUUGCUGACAUUGUACACAAGGCCGUUUUGGUGGUGAAUGAAGAAGGAAGCGAAGCUGCUGCUGCAACGGCUGUUGUGAUGGCGCUUCGAUGUGCUCCAAAGAGGGAAUUCACUUUCGUUGCUGAUCACCCGUUUUUGUUUGUCAUUUAUGAUACUCGCUCCAACUUGAUACUUUUCAUGGGAAAAGUAGAAACACUUGAAAAUUAGUGAUUGCCUUGUGGUUUAAGAUUUUUUUAAACUCAUAAUAGUCGGUAAAACGCAGUUUGAUUUUGUAAAAAACUCCGAUUUUCCA